AUGUCGAAAUCUGAGAUCAGUGAUUUGGUCGAAAUGGUUGAUGAGAAUAACGUGCACAUAUCGCCGUCAGGAAGUAUUUUUUGUAAGAAAUCAGUUCGUAGAGGUUCAGGUUAUCCNAAUUUCAGUGGACGAAUGCCUUGUGUAGAGUUAGCUGAUGCGAUCGUUAGUAAGGGUCGAGAGGCGUUGGAGAAGGCGAUAGCAGAUGUAAACGAUGGCAAAUACGGUAAAGUGAGGGUGAUCUAUGGUGAUACCGAUAGCAUGUUCGUGUUAUGCCCAGGUAUGUCACGCAAAGAGGCGUUCAGAAUCGGUGCUGAAAUAGCUGAUGAUGUGACGAGAAAUAAUCCGAAGCCGAUAAAACUGAAAUUGGAGAAAAUAAUGCAGCCGUUGAUAGUGGAGACGAAGAAGCGUUAUGUGGGGAUGAGUUACGAGAAUGAGAAUUGUAUUAACGAGGGCGUGUUUGAUGCGAAGGGCAUCGAAACGGUGAGACGUGAUUCGUGUCCUCUGGUUGCCAGGGUUCGUUUAUUACAUUGGUAG